AUGAAGGCUGUCAUUUCCCUUCUCUUUGGGCCUGUGGCACUUGUGCAAGCUGGGCUGAGGCACAACGAGAUCGGCGACCCGGCAUCAAUGGCCAAGGUCACCAACGCAUCCGCACCUACGUGCGGUGUCGGAUACACAUACUGCGGGUACAUUCUGCAGCAGGAGAAGCACUUUGAGAUGGGCGCCAUCCUCACCGCGUACUGCGGCGGCGGCGACUGUGACUCGGCGACAGGCACAACGAGAACAGAUCCCCUGCAGGCCCUGUACGUGUGCCUCCCGGAGAAGGCAGUCCCCAGGAAGCGCGACGCCGACGAUGACAAGCCGUACUCCGGGCCGGUCAAGCUUGAGCUCCUGUGUGCCUGCAGCGGGGAUCCGUUUGAUGGCGAGGAGAAUGUGUGCCUGAACCCUGCUGGAGACCAUAUUGUUGAUUGA